AUGGCUUCCACUACUAAACACUUUCUCACUGUUUUCUGUCUCGCUUGCACUAUAAUUAGUUUAACAGUAGUUUUAAAGAAAUGGCACUUUAGUCUGCGGGGAAGUUUUGCUGAUCCUGAUGUGAACACGGAUUUAACUCCAGAGCGCAUUACAUUACUGCAACAGAUUCAAGACAGACAGCAAGAAAUCGCUGCUUUCUACGAUCCAUCUCAUGGACAUCCAUUAUCAGCAACAGAAAACACAUCUACUGCUGAUAAUCCAGAACUGGAUCAUGAGAGGAAUAUAACUUUGGAGGAUUCAGGUCUUCUUGGAUCUAAUAUUGGAUGCAGUGAACUGAGUGGAAUGACAGUUGUGGAUUUUCUAGGUGCUGGUUACACUAAAACCGUGCUGAAAGUGCUUUUAUCUCAUGGCAUGGAAGUGGCAUUAAAAACGGUGAACGAUCAGGGCACAGAUAUGAGAUCAUGCAUGGAGGAUUUCAGAGAUCAGCAGGGCUGCCAAGACCUUGUGUCAUUUAAACUGAGGAAGGAGAUCAUUUUACUCCAGAGGCUCCAGCACCCCAAUAUUGUAAAGCUGAAAGGUCAGUGCCAGGACAGUGCCCUGGUGGGUGGCAUUACAGCAGUGUUGGAGCAGGGGACCCCAGUGCAGAUGAUUCAGCUCCUGCAGAGCCCCUGGGAAGAGCGCUUUAGGGUCUGUCUUGGCCUAGUCAGGCUACUUCACUAUCUAUCACUUACUCCUCUGGGCUCUGUCGGCCUGCUGGACUUCCAACCUCGUCAGUUUGUUAUGGUGUCCGGCGAACUCAAGCUGACCGAUCUGGAUGACGCCAUAGUCACAGAGUCUAAAUGUCAGACGAACUCGGACUGCCUGCUACAGUUCCCUCUGCGUAACUUCACCUUUCCGUGCUUGGCCAGCGAAGUGUGCCAGGGCCUCAAUGAGAUGAGGAACCUCUACAAUGCCUACAGAUAUUUCUUCAUCUAUCUGCUGCCUCAUCAGGCCCCGAUAGCACUAAAGCCCAUCGUGGAUGAGAUCAUGAAUACAACAGGGGAGCUGAAACACGGUGUUAACAAAACACUGCAGGUCUUUGAAGAAGUCUUGCAUUUAUACAAAUCUGGCCUGUAUCUACAGAACACGCCUUCAGCUGUUAUUAAAGAUUAUGCUGUACUGAAAACAAUGGCUACAGCUGGAAAUGUGGAAUACAAAUGCUGGCUGUCCUACAACCAGGGAGGCUGUGUGCUUUCUGUGCACAAUGCUGCCGAGGCUGCUUUCAUCUGUAACGCUCACCCACAAUGCACCAGCUUCUCCAUCACUGAGCAAAGAACAUGGACAGGUCGUCUUCUCGCCUCGUUUAGAAGUGGUUUCAGUCAUCUCGUUCCAGAUGUGAGUUCCACAGUAUAUGUGAGGAGGGCCAAAACCUCAGCAGCUCCGCUUUGAGGAGAAAAGAACGAGACGGGACGAGACGAGAAAUGCUGGAGGAGAGAGCGAGUCUAAAUGAAUGAAUGUGAUGUAUUUAUAGGCAUCGUGCUCAGAAGGCCGUUUGAUCUGCCUGCCAACACUGCACGCUGCCAAGAGGCGUUUAAAAAGGAUUUCCCUUCAGGUAUAAUUACCUCCCCCUACACGAAAAAUACACCCAGCUCUCUGUUUUCCCUCUUUGCUGGUGUGUUUGUAUGGCACAGUCCAAUGAAAGGAUAUUGAGCCUAUUCUAUACAAGCUCUUACACACACUUACUUUGAUGUUAAUGGAGCCAGCAGUUGUGUGGUGUUGCGCUGUGUGCUGGCAUGCACUGAACGCAGUGUUCCAAAAGGCCAAAGGGAACUACGACUGCAGCUGUGCAGGAACUGAGCUCCAGUCCUCUAACUGCAAAGUGAUUUAAAAUCCCACACAUGACAUCUUUUAUCCAGUUUAUUUCAUAAUAGCUGACAGUUUCAUCCAAUGGAUGUGAUGCAUUUGUUCUUUCAGAGAAAGAGUUAUUUUUAAUAUUGUUUGUUGCAAUUUGUUUGUUU